AUGACGUGGUGUGCGCUCUUGUACUUCCACUGCUCCUCCUUGCUGUCAUUCAAUGUCAGUCUUCGUAUCUUUAAUCUUUCACCGUCCGCCCAACCUCAGCUACAAGGGGAAGAGAAGCCCUCGCCCCAGCCCCCGUCCAGCCCCCGUCCCAGCCCCCGCCCAGGCCGCCCCAGCCCACGCCAGAGCCCCGAGCCGAGCCCCCGCCACACCUCCCGGAUGUCCAAGUCCAAGAGCUACACCAGCAGCCUCAACCGGACGCAGGGCAGGGAGGCGCUGGCCGAGAAGCGCCAUCGAUCCCUCGAGAGGAGCCUCCCACAGAGCAACGGCGUGGCGAGCAAUGCCUACAGGACGCCCCAGCUCGUCCGCCGCGGCCAGCCUCCCGUCAACUCCGGCAGCAGUCUCAGCAAUAGCUUCGGCACCACACGCCGGACGCCACGUCGGCCGCCCGUUCGAGUCGUUACCAAGGCCGAGGUACCGGAGGCGUCCAGCGUGAACGUCCCUCCGGGUUACAAACCGCGCAAACCGGUCCCUUCCGAGAAACCGAGUCCCGUCGGCUCUCAGCGGCCGCGACUCAAGCACCAUUUAGCGGCUCAGUUUAGCACAGACUCGACAAGAUCCGUCGAUGAUAUGUCUUCUACCAUGUCUUCUGUGGGCCUCCGGACAGCCAAGCCCGCUUCGUCUUGCUUCAAAGCUCACUUAGAACCCUUCCCGAACCCGCAUGAAGCACUGAAGCGAGCGCAGGAUCUGGUCAACUCUGGAGACUGGAGACUCUGUACUCUGGAGAGUCAGGUCGAAGGAAUCACAAACAUCGUACGGCUGGCAGAGCACCACCCCGAGGUCCUCCAGAGCGACUUGCACCAGAUCAACAUGGGUCUCCUGAAGCAAGCCAAAAACUUGCGUUCUCAAGUCUCCCGAGCUAGCAUCCAAGCCUUUACUCUGCUCUUUGAUGUUAUGAAGAGAAAUAUGGAGCCGGACGUGGAGAAGAUCACCAGUCUGCUAUUGCAAAAAACGUCAGAUACGAACAAAUUCCUGCAACUGGACAGCAACCAUGGCCUAGAUGCUCUCGUAGAAAACGUGAGCCCCAACAAAGCCAUUCCAGCCAUCUUGCAGGAGGGACUAAACCACAAGAACCCCGCCGUGAGAACCACCGUGGCUCGCCUCCUGACGUACGAGGUGGAGCGCCUCGGAGCCAGCAAGGUCCUCUCGGGCCAGAAGGACAUCACGGACCGCCUGUUGCCAGCUGCUGCUAAGCUCGCGCAGGAAGGGAGCUUAGAAACGAGGAAAUAUGCAAAACAUAUCUUCCAGCAGCUGUCGCAACAAGGGAACUAUGAUCAAGCACUGAAGAAAUACGUGUCUCCUAAUGACUUAAGAAACAUACAAAAGUUCCUCGAUAAUUUAUCCAAUGAGGGUCGAACGAUACGGGAGUCGGCUCGCUCCAAGUUCUCCGUGGGAUCCCGCUACACAAGGACGAUGUAGUAGCGGCUCUGCUCGUAGGUCUACAUUCGGCAUUUUCACAAAUUAUCGUCGUAUUUUCCUGGAGCGGAAUUCUGGCGGUCUCAUUCCCACACGAAGGGAAUCGGUUCCUCAUGCAACAUUCACAUUUCAUAGCUCAUUGACAUUUGUACUGUACAUUGAAAUAUUGCGGAGGGUCGAUUCGAAAAUGUUUUUGGCGGUGGAAUAUUUUUUUUUUUCAAGGAAAAUUUAUUGAAUUUGGUCACGUGAUGAGUGGUUUCGAAAACGAUUUUUUUGUGGUGGUCGAAGCCCAUUUUUUCCUCAAAGAAAACAUUUUUAGAUAUCACGUGACGUGUGAUUUCGAAAACGAUUUUUGUGGUGUUUAAAGCAGCCAAGAUUUUUUUCUGAAAAAGAAA